AUGGACACGAUGAGCUUCCCUCUCGUGCACGAGGAUUGGACUGCUGACGAGGAGAUGCUACUGCUGGAGGCGCUGGAAAUGUACGGAAUGGGCAACUGGGGGGAGAUUGCGGAGCACGUGGGGUCGAAGAACAAGACGCGGUGUCAUGACCACUACCUUUACGACUACCUGCUGUCACCGACCGGCCCCUUGCCUGACUUGUCACGCCUGCGCACCCAAGCGGACACAGAAGCAGCCAAGGCGGCAAUGGAGGAGCAGGAGGCAGCAGAGACUGCGGCCAGGGCACAGGAGGCAGUUCUGUUCAACGUUCCAGUGGUCAAGCCAGAACCAGGCACCAAGACGGACGAUGCUACAGCACCGAUCACAAGCGGGUACAACUCGAAGCGCAACGAGUUUGACCCGGAAUAUGACAACGAGGCAGAGGCUCCGCUGGCAGAGCUGGAGUUUAAAGAUUCCGACUCGAGCGUUGACAGACAGCUGAAGAUCAAGAUGCUGCACAUCUACUACUCGCGGCUGGAAGAGCGGUCCCGGCGCAAGGCCUUCAUCUUGGAGCGUGGCCUUCUGGACCCGAGAAGAGUGGACGGGACAAUCCGACCCGACACCACCAGCGGCAGCAGGGAGAAAAUCAGGGAGCGAGACAGGGAGAGAGACAGGGACAGGGACGGGACAGAUGAGCAACACAAGAGAGAGGAUGGUGCGGAACAGGGAGGGGAAAGGGAAGGGGGAAGUCUGGGGGAGGUGGGGACAGGCGCGGGAGAGGGAGGUGGGGAGAAGGGGGAAGGGGGAGGGAGGCGUGGAGGGAAGCGAGGAGGUGGCGGGGAGAGGAGAAGGUCGAAGGAGGAGAGGGAGAUGUUUCUGCGGUGCCGCGUGUUUGCGAGGUUUCUGAGUGCAGAAGAGCACGAGGGGCUGGUGCAGAGUUUGAAACAAGCUCAGAGAUUGAGAGACAGAGUGGCCGUGCUGCAGGAGCUGAGAGAAGCAGGGUGGAAGUCACUGGCGGAGGGUCGUUCAUUGUCAAUGCAAAUGCUCCUCUUCCUCACCUCUCCUUCCCUUCAUCCCCUCCCAUCCCCUCCCAUGCCCUCCCAUGCCCUUCCAUCCCCUCCCAUCCCCUCCCAUGCCCUUCCAUCCCCUCCCAUCCCCUCGCAUGCCCUUCCAUCCCCUCCCAUCCCCUCGCAUGCCCUUCCAUCCCCUCCCAUUCCCUUCCAUCCAAACCCCUUUCAGGAACUGAGAGCAGCGGGGUGCAAGUCGCUGGCGGAGGGUCGUCGGUUCAUCCAGGCUCAUUACAAGGACAACCCCGCUGCUGCUGCUGCUGCCAUUGCAUGCCUUCCGCCGUCGGCCACAGGUGGGGUUGCCGUCUCUCCGUAA